AUGGAAUGUGAAAAUGAGGAGUUGAAAUCAAAAAUGAAGAUUACAAACCAAAAAAUGGUGGAUGUUGUGCAAAAACUGAGGCAAAUGGAAUGUGACAAUGAAGAGUUGAAGUUUGAAAAACAAGAAUUCAUUGAAAAAAUAGAGGAUUUGCAAUCAGAAAUGAAAAAUGAUGAUUUGAUGAACAAAUAUAACUUCUCGAAAUCAAUACAAGAAACGUUGGAAGGAAGAAUUCUGAAUCACGAGUAUACGAUUGCUGGACUGCAGGAACAACUCAACUCGAAAAAUCUCAAAAAAAACGUACUGAUAAAAAAUCAGAAGGAUGAGCUGGAAUAUUUGAAAACUGAACUCCGAAAGAAGUCAAAGACAUUUUUCCGUUGGCUCCUGACUGGAAUAUGGAACGGAUUCUCAAACUUGUGUGGAAGAUUCCGUGACCAUUUCAUUCGACAAAAUAUCUACUGGAAGCUCUUCUACAUUGUCCUCAUCUUCAUUUCACUCGAGAAACUUCUGGAGAAAAACCCGACAAUUACGAAAAUGAUAAGGAGACCGAAAAUUGUAUGUAGAACGUGCUCAAUUUGUGAAGAUGUAAAAAUACAUAACUAUUUGUUGAAAUGUUUCAUUAGCGGUUAUUUUUUUCGUAAAAAUUAUAGAGGUUUUUGA